UAAGAAUCGUUGAGGUUGAUUUCCAUUUUUAAAUAGCAUGUCCUUGCAAUUAAUAUAUUAAACAGAUUACACCUUUUUAGUGUAACAAAUGUUGUAAUAUAAGAUUCGACUCUCUGGGCUUCUAGCAGUAGUUCAACGUAAUGGCCACGCAGCCAAUUAUCUUCCACCUUGAAAUCCUGCAGCCAAUCACAGACUCCGAUGAUUGUCACAUGACGCGUACAGGAAGCGCUGUGCUGUUGUGGAAGAACUCUGGCAGCUUCGUGACGAACUGUGGCCUAAAACACACAAUAAAAACACGGUAGUUCAAACUGAAUUAAUGGCGCAGAAAUGAUGGUAAAGACUGAAGAACCUCCGUCCUUAAACACAGAGGAAGAGACUUCUGCAAAAGAUAAAAUCUGGUGUUUACAGCGCGUGGGGAGAGAUUGUGACUGGCUGCAGCUGUUCGAAGAUUCAGAGGUUUCCAUUGGUCGCGGUCUGAAUGUAACCCAUCAGAUUCUGUCGGUCAGCUGUCCACUGAUGAUAUCCAGAAACCACUGUGUGUUCAAGCAAAAUGAAUCUGGACUGUGGACAGUAACGGACAAUAAGAGUCUGAAUGGUGUGUGGGUGAAUGGAAGACGGAUAGCACCUGGAAGUCCCUGUUUACUCCAGCAGGGUGACUCCAUCAGAUUCGGUGUCCCUCUCGAUGGCAACCCCGUGGAGUUUGAUUACAUCCUCGUCCAGCGCAACUUCAGUGACAUGAAAUCAUUCCUGUCUGGUAAUCUACGCAAUGAAUCAAGCGCUACCUCCUCUGGUCAAAAACUCAAAAAUUCUAAGCGGAAGUUCGACGAUGAAUCGGAAUAUUACCCCACACGCCACUCCGAAUCCAAGCUGUACCGCUCCUCCAGAGUGGAUAAAUUCCGAGCUCAGCCCUGUCCGUCCAAGGAACGCAGAAAAUCUGACAAAUGUCCUUGUAGACCUCCGCAGGAGGACCGACCAGUUGAUAUUCCAGGAAGUUCCAACAGUUGCAGUGAGAGCAGUCAACAGCUCGCUACUGUCCAUCGUUACAACAAGAACCUGAUGGUGUUGAAGGACCGUGUAGGUGACACGCAGAAACGUGCAGCUGAGCUUCAACGCCAGCAGCAUCAGACUCCAGACAUAGAGCGCGAGAUGCAAGAACUGCAGGCGCAGCUGGAAUUGUUGCAGGGUCAACUCAGGUCGCAGCAGCAGCAAGCGCUUGAACGCAUGGAGAGCCUGGAGAAGUCCUUCUGCGAGGAGGAGAGACGAUUGGAGAUUGAGAAAGCACAACAGAAUGAGAAGGGAUUGAAAAAGCAACUUGAGGAGGCGUUGCAAGAGCACCGGAAAGUCAUCGAUGAGCUCAAACACGCUCAAGAAGGAUUUAAAGAAGUUUUACAGGCCAAAGAUAAGGAGUUGGAAGUUACAAAGGAAGAGAAAGAGAAGGCGAAGGCUCAGAAAGAGGAAGUCGUCACACAGAUGACUGAAGUGUUGGAGAGUGAACUUCAAUGCAGUAUUUGUUCAGAGCUCUUCAUUGAGGCCGUGACGCUGAGCUGCGCCCACAGCUUCUGUCAGCACUGUAUCCGAGAGUGGCGCAGUCGGAAGGACAAGUGUCCGAUCUGCUGGCAGACCAUCCUGUCUCAGACACGCUCUCUCGUUCUGGACAACUGCAUCGACCGCAUGGUGGAGAAUCUGAGCGCAGACAUGAGAGAGAGACGAGUCACACUGAUCACUGAGAGGAAAGGGGAGAGGUCUAAAAGCGGCCGUGUCUCCAGCCGUGGUGGUCAUACAUGAUGACAGCAGCAACACGUCCAUACAGAGCAACAGCUCCGUUUGCGGACUCCUCCGAGUUGAACUCUUCUUGGCUGUAUCACUCCAGUGAUGAAGACUUCUCCUGGAGUGAAGAGGAGGAGGAGGAUUACCUUUGAAAAAUAAACAGACAUAUUAGUGAA